AUGACCAAGUUAGAGGGGAUGUUGCGUGCAUUUGAAAGACGAAAUUUUGCGGGUAAAAACGGGAUUUUCACUGUCAGGUUUCAUCAGCUGGACCGCCCCAUUUUUCUGGAAAGGUGUACCCCGCACACACAAACUGCCACAUCAAAAUCCCCAGAACACUACAACUACCGGGAGGACUACUCCAAGUACCCCAACCACUACAACCACCGGGAGGACUAG